CCCCUCGGGCCUCGGCAAGAGAUAUAGGUCCAGUGGUGUGGGGGGCCGUGGGGGGGAUCCUGCUGCUGCUGCUCUUGGCCGGGGGGGCCAUGGCCUUCGUUCUGCUGAGGAGACGGAGAAGGAAGAGCCCUGGAGGAGGAGCUGGGGGAUCCUAUGACCCCAAGACCCAGGUGUUCGGCAAUGGGGGGCCAGUCCUCUGGGCCCCUAUAGCCCCUGGCCCAACCAAGGAUGUGGAAGAGGAGGAGGAGGAGGGCAGGCUCAUGCUGCCCCAUCCAGGGGCGGAGGAUGACAUGGAGUCCCAGCUGGAUGGCUCCCUCAUCUCCCGGAGGGCAGUCUACGUGUGACCCCAGGACAUCCCUAUUUCCCAGCCCCGAGAGAUCCGAGUUUGGCUCGAGCCAUCAUGCACACCCUCUUGGACUGGGGCCAAGUAACCACACAUACACCUCUCCUCCUCCUGCCUCCCUCAGGGAUUCUCAACCUGAGGGAAACACCGGAUGGGCUGGUCAGACUGGAAAGACGUGGGAGCUCAUCGGCUACCCCUGGUUCCUGGAAUUUGAGGCGGGCACUGCCUGGGACCUGGGAAAGUAGGGGAGAGGGUGGAGGGGGCACAUUUAAUACACUGGACUUGUCUUCUCUACCUCCUGUGCCCUCAAACAAAAUAGGAUACGAAAGGGAGCUGCAGGUGGCCCUUUCUGUUCUGUCUCCCCGGGGAAGCCUGGGGAGGAGACACAAAGAGACUAUAUUUUCAUAUAGGGUUCCCUCCCUCCCCAAUCCGACCCACCCCAAGGGUUCAAUAAAGGACCUUUGAGGAAGACAAAAGGGAGUUCUGUGAUUUGUCCCAUUCCCAAGUGGGAAGCAGGUAUUGGGAGGGGCCAGAUUCCCAGGUCCCUGAAGGAGGGGUGGGUGGGUGGUGCUAGACUCAUGGGGUGGGGAGGCAGCCCCAAGCAGGGUGGGCUGUUGUGGGACUAGAGGUUUGGGGGGAGCCAAGCUGCUGUCCUAAGGGGGAACAGGAGGCCCUAAGAAAAUGGACCCUGCUGGGAAGAGGAGGGUGGCUGGAUGGCUGACACCCCGAAGGAGUGCAGCCUGGGGAGGCCGGGGAGGGAUCCAGGCCCUGGGGCCCUGAGGGAGGUGAGGGCAGAGGCCUGAACCCCUCAGAAGGGUGGCGGCUUCCUUUCCUCCCUCCCCUUCUCCAAACACACUCAGCCUCUCCCUCCUUUGUCUGUCUUUCUGUCUCCUGAGGCAUGACAGGGUGGCAGCAACAAGAGUGUUUUCAGUGAUUCACCUCAGGAAAGGAAGUUCUUGUUAGCUCAAGCUCUUGGGAUUGGGGGGGGGGGGGGCAGGAUCUACCUUUUAGGACCUUAGCCUUCAAGGAGAAGGAAAACAUGAAGGGAGGGGAUUGGGCAGAGCCCAAGCCCCCAAGGGCCCCGGUCACCGGAGGUGAGUUACACAGGCAGCUGGGGGAGCGGGAGGGGGAAAUCUAGGUCUCCUGGUUCCCUAUCAAAUGUCAGAGCUGGGAGUGGCAGUCAUGGCCCAGGCUACCUUAGCAAUGGAGAAAACAAGGACCAGAGACAGUAGGUGAUGUCCCUCAGGUCACCCAGUGAGCCAGGACACCACUAGGAAGAGGAGAUGCCUGCACUGGGGGAGAGGAGGACUGAGCCUUCCUCGGUGCCCCCUCUCCCCCACAGCCGCCUCACCCCACUCCUCUCCUUCUGGCAGAGUCUCCCGACACAGCGGGUGCUGGUGCCACGGGUGGCAUCAUUGGUGGCAUCAUUGCGGCAAUCAUUGCUCUGGCCGUGGCUGCCACCGCUAUCCUGAUCUGCCGGCAGCAGCGGAAGGAGGAAGAGCUCCGGGGAAGACCUGAAGAAGAGGAAGAUGAGCUUGAAGGCCCUCCUGCAUACAAGCCUCCACCUCCCAAGAUGAAACUAGAAGAGCAGGAAAUGCCCUCUCAGCUCUUCACCCUAGGUAGCUCGGAGCACAUCCCUCUGAAGACCCCAUUUGUGGAGCAUAGUAUCUCGGCCCCUGAACAGGAAAUGCCCAGAUACCAUGAGCUGCCCACCCUGGAAGAGCGGGCAGCUGCCCUGCCCUUGCACCUGGAGGAGCCCAGUGAUGCUGCUGGAGAAGAAGGGCUGCCCCUGGAGGAUGACGAAGACUACUUGGAUAAGGUCAACCCCAUCUAUGACACUUUGGCUUACAAUACAGCUGAGGCCUAUCAAGGAAAGGGUUUCGUCAUGUCCCGGGCCAUGUACGUGUGAGUUUUGGCCUCCAAACACAGGAGCCUGGCUGCUGUCCCCCAGUCCUCCCAGCUGGACCUCGAUAAAAGGGACUGAUCCUUAACUUGGAGGCUGGACAGGAGGGGUCCUAGGCCACCAUGACCUCUGACCCCAAGUCUGGCCCAGGAGGAAGACCUCUAACUUGCUGCCAUGACUGUGACCACCAUGACCUCUAACCUAGCCUUAGGGCAGAAGCUUUCCACUCCUCUGACCUCUGGCUUAGGAACCCUCAUUGCCCCUACCCUCAGAGAGCCAGCCUCUCCACCGUCCUCUCUCAUGAUCUCUUCACACACCUCCAUUCCCCCCACACACGCACACACACACACCCCUGCACCCAGACUUGAGCCCUGGGCAUCAGAACCCUCUCCCCCCUGAGCACACGUGCCUAGUCCUCCUGCCCUUCCUGCUGGCGGGAGAGGCUGCCAGGCUCCUUCUCCCUGGGAGCCCAUGGGUUGGCCCUGGUGGGGGCCAAGGGUUUUAUAAACAAAUGUUUCCUAAUAAAUACGACUUUUGAUGUCUCCA